UGACAUGAUGAACUUCUCUAGCCUCGCUUUGCUGGUUUUUGCAGUCUGCGGUGCCUAUGGGGCCCAUGUGCCCUAUGCCCUAUGGCAGUUUGGGGAGAUGAUCCAGUGUGCCCAGCCUCAGGUCAACCCUUUCCUCUACAAUGAGUACGGCUGCUGGUGCGGCCUCGGGGGGUCCGGGCAACCCAAGGACGACAUUGACUUGUGCUGCCAGGUUCACGACCGUUGUUACGAGGCCAGCAGAAAGAUGCCAGAGUGCAUGCCCAUAAUUGACGUGCCCUACAUCAAGGUGUAUGACUUUACCUGUUCCAACCAACAGGUCAGCUGCCCAGCCUCUAAUGAUGCCUGCCAGGCUGCGGUGUGUGAGUGUGACCGUGUCGCUGCCCAUUGCUUUGCGAAGCAUGCCACUUCCUAUAACACUGACUACAAGAACCUUAAUGCCAAGGUGCACUGCGUUGACUGA